AUGCUUCGUUUUUCGUUUUCCCAUGCUUUCGCGGGCUCCUACGGGCUGGCCCCAGCGCGCGCUACUAGAUUCUACCCCCGCAUACUCCCCUUCGCCGCCCGUGCGUACUCGGCGGACAAACAGGGCGACGAUGUGAUUCUGCGUGUGAAGGUAGCCCCCAUCAAACGUAACAACGAGACCCUGGAACAACAGCGCGCCCGUCUCGUGUACCAGUCGCGCAAGCGCGGUAUUUUGGAGACCGACCUGUUGCUCUCGGGCUUCGCGGCGAAAUACCUGAAGCACAUGACUGCGGAGGAACUGAACGAAUACGACGAGCUGCUUAACGAGCUUGACUGGGACAUCUACUACUGGGCAACCAAAAACUCUGACGCUUCUCCGUUGCCAGAAAAAUGGCAGCAUUCAAAGAUCCUGCGCAAGCUGCAAGCCUACAGCGAAAACAAAGACAAGCAGAUCUUGAAGAUGCCUGAUCUUUCUGAGUUCUAG